UACCCUGGUGCCAUGGAAGAUCUUCCGCGAGGAGUUGAACAACGUGCACCCCAUCUCGUCGGGUCUGGAGACGAUGGCCCUCAAGACCACCAUAGACCUCACCUGCAACGACUUCAUAUCGAACUUUGAGUUUGAUGUGUUCACGAGGCUAUUCCAACCCUGGAGCACGCUGCUGAGGAACUGGCAGCUGCUCGCAGUCACACACCCCGGCUACGUGGCGUUCCUGACGUACGACGAGGUCAAGGCGCGGCUGCAGAAGUACAUCAAUAAGGCUGGNUUCGCUACCCUGGUGCCAUGGAAGAUCUUUCGCGAGGAGUUGAACAACGUGCACCCCAUCUCGUCGGGUCUGGAGACGAUGGCCCUCAAGACCACCAUAGACCUCACCUGCAACGACUUCAUAUCGAACUUUGAGUUUGAUGUGUUCACGAGGCUAUUCCAACCCUGGAGCACGCUGCUGAGGAACUGGCAGCUGCUAGCGGUCACGCACCCCGGCUACGUGGCGUUCCUGACGUACGACGAGGUCAAGGCGCGGCUGCAGAAGUACAUAAACAAGGCUGGAAGCUAUGUGUUUAGGUUAUCAUGUACAAGACUCGGCCAAUGGGCGAUAGGCUACGUCACAGUCGACGGGGAAAUCCUGCAGACGAUACCUCAGAACAAGAGCCUGGUGCAAGCACUCCUUGAUGGCUACAGAGAGGGAUUCUACCUAUAUCCAGACGGGCGGGAUGUGAACCCGGACCUCAGCAGCGCGAUUAUAUCGCCGGCGGAGGACCAUAUCACAGUCACGCAGGAGCAGUACGAGUUGUAUUGCGAAAUGGGUAGCACGUUCCAGCUGUGCAAAAUCUGCGCAGAGAACGACAAGGACAUCAGAAUAGAGCCGUGCGGACAUUUGCUGUGCACUCCCUGUCUCACCGCUUGGCAGAUUGACUCAGAAGGCCAGGGCUGCCCGUUCUGCCGAGCGGAGAUAAAGGGCACGGAACAGGUCGUGGUCGACGCCUUUGUGCCGCCUCGUCCGCCGCCGCAGGACGCCAAAAACACGAAGACUGCAGUCAAAGCUGUAUCGUCAAAUUCAUCCGGUUCCUCUGGCUCUUCAGGGUGCAAUGGAUCAAGUGCAGAAGUGACAAUUUCUAGCAAUUCAAAUGGGUGGUCUUCUAGAAAUACUACCUUCAACGGCCUGACUGAUGACAUCGACGAUGCUGAGGACUGGGCAGAAUUCAACGCAGCGACGUCAACAAUAGACGGUCUCAGGCCGUCUGUUCGAUCCCCAGCCGCGUCACCGCGACACUCCCCGCUCGCUGCCCGUCGGGCCCCCGCCCCUACGCCCCAUGAGAAUGCCUAUGGGGAGUUGCGGGCCCCCCCUCUGCCACCUAGGAAGAGUCUUUCCCCGGCUGAACCGGCGAUACUGGCUGCUUCGAGCGUGCAGGAUAUCACAGCGCAUACUAUACAAUCGGAACCAAGGAGGCGGUCGUCGUUGGAGCCCGAACCGGAUUCAAGGCACCGGCUGACUUCCUUCAUCACCGGCUCCACGGAAACCAUUACGGGGAUCAUCGACACGAGACAUGAAGUGCCACCAGACCCCCGAGCGUUCGAAAAACCCCGUCGGGCCUGCACCCCCCAAUCGGGGAGCCGACCCCUCCCCGCGCCGCCCCCCGAAAGACACCCCUCCGACGACCAACCCACCGACCGACCCGACAGAAACCACCACAUAGAAAGACCUACUGACAGACACACCCCCGAAUACAGACCCUUGCCUAACCCCAUAGAAAACAGGACCAUUAGCAAAACAGAACAUCUCUUAGCCAAUCUAGAAUGUAGGCAAGCGAUCACCCCUAGCGUUUCAGACAGCAGACUCGUCACCCCAGAUAGACUAGACCGCCCAGAAAGGCAUUUACUGUUACCCGAAAAUAGGAUCAACUUAGAACGAAUACAAGCUAGCGAGAGUCGAUUUUCGAAUGACAGAAUAUUCGGAGAAAGGAAUGCUUCGAGUGAGAGACACAACGUGGAGUUGCGGCAUCCCCCAGAAAGGCCUGACCGGGUGGAUAGAUCUAGUUUCGAUAGGGAUAGGGUUGAGAAUCGCGCGCCGCCGCGACAAAGGUCGCUGCCUUCGACCACCAGUGGGAGUGUGGACCAUCAGCCCACGAAGUCGACGACGAUGCCCAAAUUCCCUUCAGAGGAUGCGAAAGAUCCUCCGUAUGAAAAUGUCAGCGUGGAGAAGAACGAAUUGGCUGUUGGGCCAAAAAAGUUCAACCCGCUAACCCACGACAAGCACGGCAGAAAGUACGGCGACAAUGUCUCCUACGAGAACAUAAACCUGGACUACAUAGCGCGUUUGGUCGGCGAGGGUUACCCAAAGGAAAUAGUCGUGCGCGCUCUUGGCAUCACUCGAAACGACCUCGAAAUGGCGUGUGAUAUAUUGCACGAGUUCGGAUCCAAAGUGCCCAAUAAGUGUUGAAGAUUUAAAAGUAAAGGACUUAUGCCCGUUUUCACCAUCAGUCCCUAAUUUUUAAGUGACACAUAACUAGAUUGUUUUUUCAUAGGGGUCACUUAAAAUUAGGGAUUGAUAGUGAAAACGGGCAUUAGUGUUGGGUGGCUGUCAGCUGGUGAGUUUGAAGAUAUUUAAAAGAUCUGGAAAUUUUGACGUGAAGUAAGUAACAUUGUGAAACUUUGGCGGACUUAGUGCGAGUUUACAUCAAACGUUACUAGCGAUGACGGUUGCACCCACAAGGUGGACCGACGACAUCGUAAAGGUAGCAGGAAGGCGCUGGACGCAGGCCGCUACCAACCGGGCAACAUGG